UGAGGCCCAGCCUUGCGCCCGUGUGCUGGUCUCCGGCUUCCUCACGCCCUGCUCACGCCCAAAACGCCCGACGCUCCUACCACCGAGCAGUAGCUAUCGCAGAGAAUCUCUUCCUCUCGUCUCUACCGCCAUAAGGUGUAGGCUUGUACCCCGUUGUUUUCCUGUCCUCGCGCCCGGCUCCGCGUUGGGAAUCACGACUCGUUCCCCAUCAACAACGGCCCACGGGCACCGCCGUCCCGACGCCCAAACAAAACUACAAAUCCGCAUUCCACCACACACCUGCCCUCUGAGACCCAAGAAGCGGCCGCAAUCAGCUUGCGACACAUGGACUUGGACCAUCGCUGACCAACAUCAUCUCGUUUCUUUUCGUCUCCUCUCCCAUGCAUUCGAGCUACGCAUACCGCACUCGCUCGGCCCUCGGACACCCAGCGACGUCGCCGAGUCCUCUGCGCCACGCGUCGACUGCAUCAUCCAACUCCUCUGGCUAUUCGUACUCGUCGCAGCAGUACGCUCCCAGCCAUGGCAGCAGCUCGUCUCACUCUGGGCUUGAUCUGCAGCCCAACGGCUCCGGCUAUGGCCACCGGAGGGGCAUGAGCGAGGCGACGACGAUUCGACACACAACACGGAAAACAGAAGAGAGCGAGCCGCCGUUCAAUGCCGCCAACACGUAUCAAUCAAUGCGCUCAGCACUCCGACCUACUUCGCGAACCGCACCGCAUUCAUCUGAGCCUACCCCCGUACACACUCCUGUGUCGACCCCGCCGGCAACAAAGUCGCCUGGAUCGCAUGGUCGUAGCUACAGCGUUGAUGAUGCGCGUAGGAAGGAGAGUUUUGACGGUGCAGCUUCUCCGGUUUCGCCAACAUCGCACCUGCGGCCCCAAUCUACGGUCAUGUCGAGAUCAGACUCGGUGAGAAGACAGGAUGGACCACGGCACGCAAAUGGCCACCACGUGCACUUCAGCCAGCACUUUGAGACGCCACACGUCCAAGACUUUCAAAAGUCUUCGACGGGACACUUCAAGACGUUGUCGAAGUUUGACGACCAAGACCUGGCUCUGGUGUCUCGAGACUCGGAGGUCGUUGGCAUGCAUGGCCGUCGCAGGCUGAAGCGAGCAAACUCGAUCCGUGCCAGCAAAGCGAAUUCCGGCUGGGGAGGACGCAACUGGAUGGAUCAGCAAAGACAGUUUCUGCAGGCCUACGAGUAUCUCUGCCAUAUUGGCGAAGCGAAAGAAUGGAUAGAGGACAUCAUUCAGAAGGCCAUUCCUCCGAUUGUCCAGCUCGAAGAGACCCUUCGAGACGGUGUGACGCUGGCAGAAGUUGCUCAAGCAUUGCAGCCACACCGUCACUAUCGUAUUUUCCGGCACGAGAGAUUACAAGCGCGUCACUGGGACAACAUUGCCAUUUUCCGCAACUUUCUCGCCGAGAUGGAGCUGCCCGAUUUGUUCUGGUUCGAGCUGGUCGACCUGUAUGACAAGAAAAACAUCCCAAAGGUCAUUUACUGUAUACAUGCUUUGUCAUGGCUGCUGUAUCGGAAAGGGAUUGUAGACUUCCGUAUUGGCAACUUAGUUGGGCAGCUUACUUUCGAAGAUCACGAGUUGGAGGCAACACAAAAAGGCCUCGACAAAGUCGGCGCUAUGCCGAACUUCUCAGGUAUGGGGGCCACUUUCGGCGCUGAGCCUGAACCUGAACCUGAGCCUGAAGAAACGGAGGAAGAACGCGUUGAGCGAGAGCUUGGUGAAGAGGAAGAGGCUAUAAUGGAUUUUCAGGCGCAAAUCAGAGGAGCAAUGACGCGAUUGCGCCUUGGAGAUACAAUGCAAGAACUAUGGGAUGCUGAAGAUUGGGUCACGUUGUUGCAAGCUAAAAUUCGAGGAGAUAUGUCUCGAGAGAUUUUUGAGUACAAACGCGACAUGCGCCGCUUUGCGGUGGCAUUACAGAGUGCCGCUCGAGGCUUCAUCGUGCGGUGCAGAGCAAGCGACGAUCUUCAAGCGACAAGGGAAGCCGAAAUCUGUGUUCAAGGGCUUCAAGCUGCAAUCCGCGGUGCAUUGGCAAGAAAGCAAAUCGCUGACCAGGUCGACGACCUGCACGAGGCGAGCGUUGAAAUACAACAGCUUCAAGCCGCGGCUAGAGGCCUGCUUCAGAGAAGGUCGCAUCGGACAAACAGAACGACAUUACGGCAACAAGAAUCCUUGGUGACCAAAUUACAAGCCGCUGCGCGAGCCAUGAUUGCACGACGCGAGCAUACGGAAGUCAAGGAACAGCUACGCACAGAAGCAACUAAGUGGGAGCGCCUUCAAUCUGUCGUCCGUGGCCGAGCCACUCGUGCUUGGUUCGAUGGUUUGAGGCAGGAGUUGCUGGCUAAUACCUCUACAUACUCGGCUCUACAAGCUGCAGCACGUGCUUGUCUUCUACGGCGGCGGAUAGCAGCUACGCAAGCUGCGUUACGUGAGCAAGAGUCGAAUGUGAUCUCUCUUCAAUCACAAAUGCGCGGUUUAUGCUUGCGUCGAGCACUCAAAGCUGACAGGGAGGCCAUGAACCGGGCAUCCAGCGCCAUAACGCACUUCCAAUCCGCUGUGCGAGGCUUCACUCAGCGCCAGCGGACUGAAGAGUUUUUGAACGCUCUUUAUGAACAUGAAGAUGCCUUUGCGACACUCCAAAGCAUUAUUCGGCAGCAGCAGUGCAACGCACGCAUCGGCCGGGACCUUAUGGAGCUAGAAGAGAACGAAGAAGCUAUUUGCGAGUUGCAAUCGCUGAUACGCGGGCGCAAGAUUCGCGUACAAUUCGCCGAGAAAAAGAAAUAUUUCCAGGAUAACAUGAAAAAGGUCAUUAAGAUUCAAAGUUUUGUGCGAGCGCGGCAGCAGGGUGAAGCCUACAAGACCUUGACCAGUGGCAAGAAUCCACCAGUGGGUAUUGUCAAGAACUUCGUCCAUCUCCUGAACGACAGCGACUUUGACUUCGAUGAAGAAAUUGAAUUCGAGCGAUUGCGAAAAACUGUUGUCCAGCAAGUGCGUCAGAAUGAACUGGCAGAGCAAUAUAUCGAUCAACUCGACGUAAAGAUCGCAUUGCUCGUGAAGAACAAAAUCACUCUUGAUGAAGUCAUAAAGCAUCAGAGACACUUCGGCGGGCACGUCGGUAGCUUGCUCACGAACAAGGAUAUCAAUUCGAAAGACCCCUUCGACCUAAAAGCUCUCAACAAAAACUCACGAAAAAAGCUCGAACUCUAUCAGGAGUUAUUUUUCACUUUGCAGACACAACCGCACUAUCUUGCACGACUAUUCAGAAGGCUCCGGGAACGAGCAAUGCCCGAUCAGGAAAGCAAGAGGAUGGAGUUGCUUAUGAUGACAAUUUUCGGCCAGGUCCAGAAGCGACGAGAGGAAUAUUACUUGCUGAAAGUCAUCACCAGGUCGAUUAAGGAAGAAGUUGACGCAUGUAGUACCCUCCAGGACUAUUUACGGGGCAACUUCUUUUGGGGCAAGCUUCUUGGCAAUUACAUGCGCCUGCCACGUUACAGGAAGUUUCUUCGGGAGAUGCUCAGCCCGGUGAUCCGUGAAAACAUCAUGGAAGACGAGAAGUUAGACCUCGAGAGCGAUCCCAUGCAGAUUUACAAGUCAGCCAUCAAUAACGAGGAGUUACGAACCGGUCAGAGAAGUCGACGACCUGCAGACAUUCCCCGGGAGAUAGCCAUCAAGGACCCCGAGACGAGAGACACAUAUGUGCGCCAUCUGCAGAAGCUUAGAGAUAUCGUGGACCACUACAUGGUCUGUUUUGAGGAAACCCUACCCAAGAUGCCGUAUGGAAUCCGUUACAUUGCCCAGCAAAUGUUCUAUAUCCUCCAAGCUCGGUUCCCACACGAGGCUCCUCAGUACUUGAUGGGCAUCGUUGCAAACUGGCUCUGGAAGUCCUACAUCCAGCCUGCUCUACUUCAGCCAGACACAUGGGGGGUGGUAGAUCGUGGCAUGUCGCCAUUGCAGAAACGAAACCUUGGCGAAGUGUCGAAGGUUGUGAGCCAGAUCUGCCUAGGUAGGCUGUUUGGCGGAGAGAACGUGUAUUUGCAGCCUAUCAAUCCAUUCAUCUCGGAUGCUCUAGUCAGGCUUGAUGAAACCAUGGCAAAGAUGAUCGAUGUUCGCGCGGCAGAAGAGCAGUUCGAUAUCGAUGAGUUUAAUGACCUGUACGCGAGAACAAAGCCUACUCUGUACAUCAAAUUGCCGGAUAUUUUCGCAAUCCACCAGCUAGUCUCCUCGGAGAUGGCCUCGAUAUGCCCCGAGCGCAACGAUCCGCUUCAUGAUACUCUUCGUGAGCUUGGCAGCGCGAAGAACAACGAGAAUGAUAUGCUGCAUGUCAGCUCGACGGAAAUCACCCUGACUCUCAAUCCAAAAUACCAUGACGUCGAAGACCCUGAUGCGCCUCUCAAAGCUCUCUUCAUGGAGACGAAACGCUGUGUUUUGUACAUCAUUCGCGUUCAGCAAGGCAGCAAUCUGCUUGACAUCAUGGUGCGACCGAUCACACAGGCAGAAGAGCAGAAGUGGCAACAGCUCGUGCAUGACGAGAUCCUCGAAGCGCGCAAGAACCCCCGGCGCCAGUCAAGCCCAUAUAGCACCUCUUCCUCCCUCCUUGACAUCUCCCAGCUCACCUACUCGGAGCUGAAACGAACCGCGUUGCAGAAUAUUCUCGACCUAGAGCGAGCGGGCAAGAUCUCACGCGUCAACCACUACCAGGAUCUCCUGAACGCCAUCGCGAUAGAUAUCCGCACCAAGCACCGCCGGCGUAUCCAGCGCAGCCGCGAGAUGGACAACGUGCGCAUGACGCUUGCGGCCCUGCACGAGAAGGCGGCGUGGCUCGACGACCAACUGAAGUCGUACAACGACUACAUCGAGCAGGCCAUGGUGACGCUGCAACAGAAGGCGAAGGGCAAGAAGCGCUUCCUCCUCCCCUUCACUAAGCAGUACAACCACGAGCGCGAGCUUGCCCGCUCCGGCCGCGUGCCCAAGUUCGGCUCCUUCAAGUACUCCGCCCGCAACCUGGCCGAGAAGGGCGUGCUGGUGUCCUGGCGCGGCUACUCCGAGCGCCAGUGGGACAAGAUCGACGUCACCAUCUCGAGCGACGAGGUCGGCAUCUUCCACAUCGAGGGCAGCAUCGGCAGCCUCAUGAUCCCCGGCGCGGCCGCGAGCGUACCGCUGGACGACCUGCUGCAAGCCCAGUUCAACAACUGCCAGUUCAUGAACCUGUUCGGAUCGGAGGACGAGAGCGGACGUGGCGGACCCGUCGAAGGCCCCUUGCGGCUCAACGUCAAUCUCCUUGUUCAUUUGCUCAUGAGGAAGUUUUACAGGGACGAGUGACAGGGAUACACUUCGUACGUCGUGAACGUGCCUGGACUGGGUAUGGGGUCGGAGUUGGUCCUGUUUGGUUUCUUUGCUUUUCGCAUGCAUACGCCACAUAUCAUACCACACACACAAUCACAUACACAUGAUCGGGGGGAGGGGGCAACGUUGGAGUUGGGUCCCACGGGAGCGAGAGAGAUUCCGGCAUUUGUGACGAACCUUUCUCUUUUUUUUUUUCUUCUUUUCUUUUAACCCCCCUCCGCCUCCCUCUCAUGCGUUUCGUCUAAAAUCAUGUAGUCAACCGAGCAAACGAGGAAACAAGUGAAUCCUACUC